AGUUUAAUAUCUUCCAGUAAACCCCAUAACCCUAGGCAGCCGUCUAUAAGUAGAGAAAAACCCUAAACGUUGCAUUCCGGGUUUCUCUUCAGCAGUCAAAAAUGUCGAAGCGAGGACGCGGUGGAUCUGCUGGUAACAAGUUCAGGAUGUCACUGGGUCUGCCAGUGGCAGCCACUGUAAAUUGUGCUGAUAACACUGGUGCAAAGAAUCUGUACAUCAUUUCAGUUAAAGGUAUCAAGGGUCGUCUGAACAGAUUGCCUUCUGCUUGUGUUGGUGAUAUGGUGAUGGCAACUGUCAAGAAGGGAAAGCCUGAUCUCAGGAAGAAGGUGUUGCCUGCUGUCAUUGUGAGGCAGCGCAAGCCAUGGCGCAGAAAGGAUGGCGUCUACAUGUACUUUGAAGAUAAUGCUGGUGUUAUCGUAAACCCAAAGGGAGAAAUGAAAGGUUCUGCCAUCACUGGCCCUAUUGGAAAGGAGUGUGCAGAUCUGUGGCCUAGGAUUGCAAGUGCAGCCAAUGCAAUUGUUUGAGAUUGUUCUUCUCCUUUUUUGAGUUCAGCAAGUUGUUAGCGCUUCUUAAUUCACAUUUAGACGUAGUUCAUCUACCAUGAAUAUUGGAAUACUGCUUGGAGGUUUUGAUUAUGAGGAUAUUCAUUUUUGGUUAAUGGUUUUGAUGUCAGAAUUUGAAGAUCAUAUGGUUAAUAGAAUUGAACUUUAUGGUUGUGGAAGUGGCAAGGAGAUGAAUUAGUUAAAUUGAAA